AUGUUGAUUGAGCCGAGCUUAAACCGUGACUUUGGUUCGCUUACUGUUGCAAGUUCAGGCCUGGCGGCCGCCGCGCACUGGAAAAUGGAGCCACAUCCACAAAGAAUGCCCUCGCUGGCGCCUCACUCGUCAAAUGUAACAAUGGCCAAUUAUCGUUCAAUUCGUUCAAUUGCAGUGGCGGCAUCGGCAUCGGCAUCACCAGCAGGAACAACAACACCAACAUCUGUACAAAUACCACCAGGUUUUGGUGCUGGCACAGCGGCCGCAUUGAGUGCGGGUGGAAGUGGAGCCGGAGCGGGUAGCACGCUUGGAGCUUUGAUGUCGCAGCACCGCCUCUUGGAGUUCUCCCGCUUUGGCGGCCUGCGUGGCUACGACAUCGCUCAGCACAUGCUGACACAGCAAGGCGCAGUCUCCAAGCUAUUAGGCUCACUGCGACCACCUGGUCUAAUUGGUGGCUCCAAGCCAAAAGUGGCCACGCCGACGGUUGUCUCAAAGAUCGAACAGUAUAAGCGCGAGAAUCCGACGAUAUUUGCCUGGGAGAUACGCGAGCGCUUAAUCUCGGAAGGUGUUUGCACAAAUGCCACCGCACCGUCGGUAUCCUCAAUAAAUCGCAUCCUACGUAAUCGCGCCGCUGAGCGUGUGGCCAGUGAGUUUGCCCGUACAGCGGCCUAUGGUCUGUAUCCGCCUCCACCUCAUCCGUAUGGCAGUUUCACCUGGCAUCCGGCGGCAGCAGCAGCAGCCGCUGGCAAUGUGGGUGCCGGUGGACCGGUACCACCUCCGCCCCCCUCGGCCCACUUCUGGGGCGUUACGGCACCCACUUUGGCAAAUCUGCCCCCUAGUGCGGGCAGCUCGACGCCCAGUAGCCUUAGCUCUGCCAAUUUAUUGGGAAGUGGCGUCGGUGGUGCUCCAACAAAUCGGGCCAUUUCGCCCGGGUCGGGUAGUCACGACACUCUCGAGUCGGCCGACGAAAAUCGUCAUAUUGACUCUGAUUAUAUGGACGAUGAUGAUGAGCCCAAGUUCCGACGCAAUCGCACCACAUUCAGCCCGGAACAGUUGGAGGAAUUGGAGAAGGAGUUCGACAAGAGCCACUAUCCGUGCGUGAGCACGCGUGAGCGAUUGUCCAGUCGCACCAGUCUCAGUGAGGCUCGCGUACAGGUCUGGUUUUCGAAUCGUCGCGCUAAGUGGCGUCGUCAUCAGCGUAUGAACUUGCUCAAGCGUCAACGGGCCAGUCCCAACGGCGCCCUGCCACCCUCCUCGAACCCCUUGCACUCACAGCAAUCGAAUGAUGCUCCAGCAAGCCUGAGUACCACCACAGCCACCAGUUCACCCACGCCCAGCACCCACAGCAAUGCCUCAGCUUCGACAGGUCCUCAUCAGGUGGCGAUGUGUCCGGAGCACUCGCCACUAUCCACACAGCAGGCGCCACCGCCGCCGAUGCUGCACACUGCACUGCAUCCGCUACACGGCUUGCCGCCGAGCCAUCAUCAUCCGCAUCAUCAUCACCUGCCCACACAUCCAGCGGCGCUACAACUGCUUAGCCACUAUCAUCAGCAGCAACAACAACAGCAGCAGCAGCAGCAGCAGCAACAACAACAACAACACUCGCCCACAACGGCAGGCACGUGUAGUCCCACGUCCAGCGGCACCACGCCCCUCUCCAUGGGCGGUGAACGGAGCGCUUUUCGCAGCUUGGUCGGCUCUCCCUCGGCAGCUGCCUUCGCCUUAGGAUUGGCUCGUCAAUAUGCCGUUGCUGCUUCCUUAACGGUGGCCGAGGAGCAGAGAUCACGACUCCAUUACGCCACCGCAGAGGCUACGACGGGCGGUAUUAGUGGAAUGCCCACUACUGUGACCGUGGACAACUCCUCCUCCGAUUCGGAUGAGGAGAUCAACGUGCACGACGACUCCGAUGCUGAAAUUGAGUCGCCGGCAGCGAAGGUGGGUCGCUUGUCAUCCGAUGCAACGACAACGUUGCAGCUUCUAAAGCAUGACCGUUAG